AAGAAGAAGAGAUUGGACAGGAGGGACCUUUCUUCUACAUGGAGACACACCAGCUAUUUCCUGACUGAUUGGAGAUUUAGAUUCGAAAUUCAAAUUCGAGAUUCGAGAUUCAGAUUGACUGACGUCUGAGGCGCAAGGUUCGAGGAUGGCUAGCGCCGUUCAGCCCUGCGAGGAGGCUUGGCCCCGGGCCCCUGCGGAAGCGGACUGAAUUAAGGCCGCGAUGUCAGACUUCGUCGGUGAGAGCAACAACACGCUGCGGUUUUAUUAGUAGAGCAUACUUCUUCGCACGCUCGUCUCCUCUGAUCUCUGUCUCGCGCUCUCCGACUCGCCGCCAUGAUGGCGCCCUCCCACAUCCUCGAGAUCCCGCGCCCGCGGACGUUCCUCCAGAAGAUGUCGCUACGCACCGGUGCCGAGAUCAUCACCUACCUGCAGGUCAUCAACAAGGCCUCGGGCGUGUACGGCCUGCUCGCCAUCAUCACCGGCGCCGCCAUCGACGGCUUCCAGCUCUCCAUGUACAUCUACUCGACCCUCGCCCUCAUCGCCACGGCCUUUCUCUACCGCCACAUCCGCCUGCAGAGCCCCUUUGAGACCGUCCUGCUGGCCCACCUCUAUGCCCUCGACUCGGUCAUCAACGCGCUGUACACGGCCUUCUUCGGCAUCGCCUGGUUCUACGUCCUCGCCGCACACCCCGAGGAGGUCGCUGUCCCCGGCUCGCACGGCAUCUCCGACACCGCCGGCUUCACGAGCCCCAAGCACAACGUCUCUGAGGUCGACGUCGUUGCUGCGCCUACUGGCGGCAUCGCAGGCGGCCAGACCGCUGUCGCUGGCGGCCUCCCUCAAGACGGCGCGCCUGGCGUCGGUGUUGGUCUCGGCAACGCCGUGUUCCAGAGCAGCAGCAUCAUGAGCAUCUCGCUGAUCGCCAGCUUCUGGGCUCUGCGCGUGUACUUUGUCUUCGUGAUGCUGGCGUUCGCGCGCAAGUCGCUGCGCCAGCACAUCGCCGCCAACGCCGCCUCCGCCGGGUGGUACAGUUCCAACGACAUGCAGACCACCGCCACCGACCUCGCUGAGAACCCGUUCGCCGAGGGCAAGGAGCAGGGCGACGGCUGGAGGGGCAAGCUCGGCCGCGUCAUGCUCAGUGGCGCGCCCAAGUACUGGCUCGGCGCGGACGGUGAGCACGAGUGGCAGCACUCCGUCGGCGGCAAGUUCAAGAAGAACACACAGCUCGAGCAGCCCGUCGGCUUCAGCGAGCGUGAGAGGCGCCGCCGCAGCGGCACCGGACCGCCUGUCCCGCAGCUUGCCAACCUGCAGAUUGUGCGAUAGACUCGCUUCUGCAGACGGUUGCUGGGUGCAGGCGCGGAAGGCUGGUGAGCCAGCAGUAAUGACUAUAUAAUAUCGGUCCUGGCAUGGACGAGGUGCACUGUAUUAUACCUAGAGCUUGACAGGGCUGAGGAGGGCACUAGUCUCACUAGCCACGUGCACCGGUGCCCAUGGCUGUGUCAUAUGUCAGGGUCGCGAACGGCAUGAUACAAGACGA